GGAAACAUUGAUUCAACAUGAUGAAAUUGUUUUAUAUUCCGACUGUGAUUUUUUCCAUAUUUAUUAUGAAUAAUUCUAUUCUUUGGAAACAACCAAAUUCAAUCGAUUUUGUCGAUCAAAUCCAAUCAUACGAUAAUAACAAUAACAAUAAUGUGAUGACAAAUUUAUCCUGGUCAUUUUUUCGAAAAUUCAUUUAUCAAUUAUCAUCAACAUAUAAUGAUACUUGUCAAUAUUGGUAUGAUGAUCGAUUAAUAUUGAUAGCUACUAUUGAUACUGAAUCAUCAUCAUCCAUGGCCAUAGACUUACUACCUCAUUUAUUACUUUCAAUACAAAAUAAUUCGAAUUUUACAUUGAAUAAUGAUUAUUAUCAAUCAUUUAAUCGACUUAUUGAUUCGAUUCAUUUCGAAAUUUCGAAACAACCGAUUUACAACUUUUAUACAAUGUUUCAGAUAUUUGUCUUCCUAAUCGUAUUGAUUAUCUGGUAUUACAGUAAAUCUUUGUACUUUUUUGCACAUAGCAUCUAUUUCAUGAUAUUCGAAUCGAUAGUUCUUUUCAUACUAUUUGAUGAUUCAUUCAUCACACCUCUAUAUUACGAAUCAUUUAUUAUAUUGAUCAUUUUUUCAUUCUCAUUCUAUCUCACUAUCAUUGGCUAUCCUUUGUUUAAACGCAAUAUUCUUAAUGAUAAUACUGCAAUCGAUGGUAACAAAAUCAUCAAAGAAAAAAGUGAUAAAAAUAAUUUGAUCUCAAACAAUCGUAUUGAUUUAGAUUUUGAUUCUAUGCAUAUUCAAUCGAAUGAAAUCAUGUUGGAAAAUUUAAAAAUUAUUCACGAACAACCAUUAAUGCAAUCAACACCGAUAAGUGAACUUUCAACAACACAACAAUCAUUUUUGGGUGAUUCCGAUUUUUCAUUAGUUGAUUGCACAUCAAGUUUUAGUACAUCAUUCAAUUCGAAACAAACCAAUGAAUCAAUACUUAAUCACAUUCAUUUAUCAUCAUCAAAUUUAGUUCGAAAAAUGCCAUUAUCAUUCACUAAUGUUGAAUCAAUGAAUGGUUUAUCUGCAAGGAUACCUUCAAAUGAUAAUGUUGAUAAUGAAAUUGAUUGAAAAACAAACAGCAUAAUGAUGACAUUUUCAUUACCAAAUGAAACAAAAUUUGGCUUUUUAUUUCUCAUAAUUAUUCAGUAUUUCAAAUUUU